AGUCCACAGAGUGAACCCAACACAAACCCUAAUCCAAAUUCACAUUUUCCCUCUUCAUUUCCGAGUUUCCAUGGGGAAGCCGAAGCAUGUCGCUCCUCCCGAAGACUCUGACGACGAACUGCAGGUUCCAAAGCCUCAACCCGGACAAGAAGAUAGCAGCGAGGAAGAGGAUGAAGCAACUUCAUCUGAGGAAGACGAAGACACCGAUGAAGGCGAAGAUGAACGUGACAAGCACGUGCUGCUUCCCAGGAAGCCUCAACCGCAAGUGGUUUCCAAACCCUCGUCUUCUUCUGAAGACGAUUCGGAGUCGGAGCCGGAGCCGGAACCGGAACCCGAGUCCGAGCCCGAGCCCGAGCCCGAGCCCGAGCCCGAGCCCGAGCCUGAGCCUGAGCCAGAGGCUCUAUCGAAAAACGCUAAAUCCUCUUCAAAGUUGAAGUCUCCACCUUCGUCUGCUGUGAGUCAAGCCAAAUCCGGGUCAAAGCGAGCAGCCAAGAACAGUAUCGAUCACUCGAAGCAAGCUAAACGUGGGAAGAAGGCACAGGAGGAUCACGCGGCCUCUGACGAAGAGGAUUCGAAGAAAUCACGUGACGUUUCGAAAUCCCUCUUUCAGAGGGUUUUCAGCGAGAAAGAUGAGAUAGGUAUCUUGAAAGGCCUGGCUGAGUUCAUCGCAAAAACAGGGAAGGAACCCUAUAAAUGCGCUGAAGAAUUUUACGAUUUCUUGAAGGGAUCGAAUUUGAUUGGGUCAAAUGCAUCAUGCAACCAAUUGAAGGAUAAGAUCCACCGGCUGAAGAAGAAGUUUGAGAACAAUCUAGCCAAAGAGAAGAGCGGCAAGGGGACAACUUUAAAGCCGCACGAGUUGGAAGCAUUUCAGUUGGGAAAGAAUGUUUGGGGCCACGAUGGCCGGGGCGGUAAAACAGUGCGCAACGAAGCUUCGAAAAAGGAUAAGGUUAAUAAUGAGAAGGCUGGGGAGAGUACCCCCAAGAAGGCGCUGAAUUCUGAACCCUUGGAUUCAAGGAUUAAGGAAUUGUCUGGGACUAGUUUAGCUUUGACUUCAAUGUUGAAAUAUGAUGGGACUUUUGGUAAGCCUUUCGGUGAAGACUAUAUUAGAAAGGGAAUAGAGUUGCUUGGAGUCUCAAAGAGGGAAGAGAUCGAGGCUAAGUGGAGAAAGUUCGAAGAUGCUGAAAAUAAAUUGUAUGCGGAGAUAGCUGAAUUCUAUGCUGAACAGGCUAAGUUAUUAUGUCAAGCAAAUAGCUCGUCGUCCUCCUAGGUAUAAUAUAUCUUGGUUGCUUUUUUGUUUUUUUGGAUUCUGGCAUUUUGAUUUUAUUUUGGUAUGUUUUAGGUUGAUGGCAGUUUAGUAUUUUAUGAUAUAUAUUUAUCUCCAUUGAUUCAAGAAUUUUGUGUUUGGGAGUUGGAGGAAAGGGAAGCAAAAUGGAUGGCUUGUAGUAAAAGAUUAUAGUAAGAUUAUGAGCUUGUUCACAAGAGACCAAUUUGACAAUCUUUCAAUUUUGAUUUCCCUGCAGCUUAGUUUCAA